AUGGCGGUCGGCUACGUCGACAACUUAUCCAAGGGGCCCCAAGCACCAAGCAGCUGGAGAGCAAGGGCGGUGCCGCUGAAGUACUGGGAUAUUCUUGUGCAAAUGGCCGUCGAGGGCAAACAUCAAUCCGAGCAUGCGGCAAACGUUUUCAAGCAGGUUCUUGACGACCCAGAGUCCAAGGACCUUGGGAAAAUGCAAGAAUACCUACUGGAGAUUGGAGUCGCUUUCGGGGAUGGGGAAGACGAAGACGCAGCCCAAGUGAAAGGCGAGCAGACAGGAAACGUGUUGGCAGGGCUGCCGUGA